AUGGGAUCGAUUAGCGAAUCUGCACCGACGGCGAACUCUACGACGGCGAUGAGCUCUAUUCCGCCGUUUCUGAGCAAAACCUACGACAUGGUUGACGAUCCAUCGACCAACGACGUGGUGUCUUGGAGCAGCGGGAACAACAGCUUCGUCGUCUGGAACGUGCCUGAGUUCGCCAAACAGUUUCUUCCCAAGUACUUCAAGCACAACAACUUCUCCAGCUUUGUUAGGCAGCUCAAUACUUAUGGAUUCAGAAAAGUUGAUCCAGAUCGCUGGGAAUUUGCAAAUGAGGGAUUUUUGAGAGGCCAAAAACACAUACUAAAGAGUAUCGUCAGGCGAAAACCUUCUCAAGUGCAGCCUCCUCAACAACCUCAGGUGCAGCACUCCUCUGUUGGUGCGUGCGUUGAAGUGGGCAAGUUUGGACUCGAAGAAGAAGUGGAGAGACUCCAGCGGGAUAAGAACGUCCUCAUGCAAGAACUCGUAAGGCUAAGGCAGCAGCAACAGGUUACCGAACACCAUCUGCAAAACGUGGGGCAGAAAGUUCAUGUGAUGGAGCAGAGGCAGCAGCAAAUGAUGUCGUUUCUAGCAAAGGCUGUCCAGAGUCCAGGCUUCUUAAACCAGUUCUCGCAGCAGAGUAAUGAAGGAGGAAACCAGAACAUCUCUGAGAGCAACAAGAAGAGGAGGCUGCCUGUUGAGGACCAGAGGAAUUCUGGGAGUCAUGGGGUUAAUGGUCUUAGCCGCCAGAUUGUGAGAUAUCAGUCAUCGAUGAACGACGCCGCAAACACUAUGCUCCAACAGAUAGAGAAUAUGAGUAACUCACAAGGCCGGCAUGAAUCCUUCUCCAACAACAAUCAUGGUAGCUUUCUUUUGGGUGAUGUUCCAAACCCUAACCUUUCAGACAAUGGGAGCUCCUCGAAUGGAGCAUGUGGAGUUACAUUGGCAGAUGUUUCAUCCAAUCCUGUACACUCAUAUCACGACCCUUAUCAACCAAGUCAAGUCCUGGAGACAAAUUUGGCUUAUCCUCAAGUUGAUCUGUUACUUCCAAAGCAAGGAGGAGCAGCAGCAGCUUCUGAGAGUCCAGGUUCGGAUAUAGUUGGGUGCGAGACGGAUAACGGAGAGUGUCUGGAUCCAAUAAUGGCUGUUUUGGAUGGGUCAGUGGAACUAGAAGCCGGUGGGAUAAUAAAUGAGUUGCUUCCUGGGGUGCAAGAUCAAGAUUCUUUGUGGGAACAGUUCUUUGGGGAGAGCCCGGUGAUUGGUGACACUGAUGAGCUAAUCUCAGGAUCAGUGGAAAAUGAACUGAUAAUGGAGCAACUCAACCUGAGGAAUGUGUUGAGCAACAAUCAACAAAUGAACAAUCUUACUGAGCAGAUGGGACUUCUCACAUCAGACGCCUUGAGAAAAUGA